AUGUCCACAUACGAGAAGGAGUGCAUGGUGAUUCUCAUGGCUGUCGAUCAGUGGCGCCCUUACUUGCACACGGACGAGUUCAUCAUCCGUACUGAUCAGCGUAGCCUGACCCACCUCGAUGACCAGCACCUGUCGACACCCUGGCAACAAAAAGCAUUCACCAAGUUGCUGGGCAUGAGAUACAAGAUCUGUUACAGAACAGGAGCUUCCAACACCGCUGUCGACUAG